AUGAUGACAAACGAGUUCGACAAAGUGAGAGCAAAUGUGGGUGGUUUCUUGUCAAUGAACAGUUUUCUGUCAACAUCAAAGAACAGAAAUGUUGCUCUCUCAUUUGCUCAACAGUCGACACAUCGUCCACAUGUGGAAUCAGUUCUAUUCGAGAUAGGAGUUGACACCAGAAGAUGUCCACGAUCAUUUCACAAUAUCGAGAAGAUUAGUUUCUAUGAGACGGAAGGAGAGAUUCUGUUCUCGAUGGGCACAGUGUUUCGAAUUGCAUCGGUCGAUAAACUUAGCGGUGGCAUGUGGAAUGUGAAGCUGAUUCUGAAUGGCGACGAAGAUGUCGAACUGAGACGACUCACAGAUCACAUGAAGAAGGAAAUAGAUGACAGAAAUGAUGUCGCCACAUUGGGGACUUUAGUGAUGAAGAUGGGUGAAUAUGAGAAAGCAGAAGAGUUUUAUCUGCUGAUGCUUGAGACUGGUUCUCAGAAGGAUAGUGAUGUUGCAGCUAUUUAUAACCAACUUGGAUUGAGUUAUGACGAAAGAGGCAACAAUGAGCAGGCAUUAGUGUAUUACAACAAGGGUCUGGAUAUCUACCAGAAAUGUUUGCCUGCAGAUUCACUGUCAUUAGCCACAACAUAUAGUAACAUUGGCAAUGUUUACAGUAAUAAGGGCGAUUUUGAUCAGGCACUGAUGAACCUGAACAAAGCUUUGCAAAUACAACUGAAAACUCUUUCUGCAGAUCAUCCAUCUGCUGCAUCAACAUAUAACAAUAUUGGAGUGGUGUAUGAUAAGAAGAAGCAGUAUGACAGGGCUCUGGAAUACUAUCAUAAGUGCUUGAAGAUUCGUCAAGCAGUUCUUCCUCAGAAUCAUCCAUUAUUGGCCACUGCAUAUAACAACAUUGGAGUAGUCCACGUUAACAGAGGUGAUGGUACACGAGCACUGAAAUACUAUGCAAUGAGUUUGCAGAUACGUCUGAGGUCAUUACCACAAAAUCAUCUGUCUCUCAGAGUGGCAUACUGGAACAAUGGAAUGGUGUACUAUGCUCAACAAAAGUGGAAAGAAGCAUUGACAAACUUCACUCUCGCCUAUGAAAUAGCCAAGAAAGGGAACCAUCCCGACAUGCACAAAUAUCAACGCAAGAUCGAGGAAAUCCACACUAAAGUUGGAUGA